AUGCACCGUCAUUCUAUUGCAAAUAAGAAGAGAACUAAAGAGGCAAUACUGUCGGUGCCAAAUUUUUUGAAUGCUUCUAAGGAACAAAGUAAUCUACGAGCAUUCGAACGAUUAUCAAGGGCUUAUAAGAUAUUGGCCAACAGGAAGCCAUUGAAGCAUAGUGUAAGUGAUUGCUACAGUUACUAUAAAUCAAAAGAUGCCAUAUUCGCUGAUGAUUUAAUGACGUAUCCCAAGAUCAAUAAGAGUCUAUUGAAACUCUUGUUUGACAAUUUUGAUAAAUCCAGCUCGAUUCGUAUAAUACUCUUGAAUGAUCUAGGUUCAUUGUUGAUCAAGGAGCAAUUCAAUUCAAUUUUCACACUAGUUAAAGAACUAGGUUCGGAAGCAAAUGCUUUCACUGAACACAUCAUGGAAGAACUUUUGACGUUAAGAUCAGACUAUAUGAGUAGGAAAAAAUUAAAGGAAAGACUAGCAUUUUUAAUCAUAGUCCAAGCAACCUUUUCUGGAGAGCAUAUGUUGGCUACCAAAUUGGCGUUGGAUUUCUAUAAGCUGGAGAUUCAGUUUAAUCCAAAUGUUCUUAAUGUUUUACUCAAAUCAUUGUCUAUCGAUAAAACUUUACAUUUCACUUACAAUGCGGUUGCGAUCAUGAAACUAUUAGAUGUGUUUGGAAUGGAGUUUACUAGUACCAAAAAUCUCAUUCCUUUGGCUGAUUAUAUGUUAGCGGAAAAAGGUGUUCCAUACUUUGCUAAUAUUUUGCAUGACAAAUUACUUGGUGAAUGUUUCAUAGAUGAAGAGUCACUUUGCAAAUUCAGUGAGGUUUCCAGUCUUUUAAUAGGCAGAAAUUUGCAAGUUGGUAAUUUGGAUCGAGCUCUUAAGGCGUGGUUUAAGCUACAUAAUCUAGAUAAAGAUUUUAUUACACUGAAUUUAGACUUGCUCUCUAAGUUACUCGAUUCAUUGAUUGCAUCACACAGAUACCAGGAUCUCGAAAAAUUAUUGCAUACAUUACCACAAGAAGCAUUUGGGAAUUUUGAGAUUAUGGAAAGAGUAUUAAAAUACUAUGGUUGUGUUAAAGUUGACCAAAGAGUUUUUGAGAAUUUGGUGAAUAAGCUUGAGCCCCCCUUAAAUAGACUGACAUUGUCUGUUUUAUUGGAAGCAUUCUUAAUGCAAAAUAAUGAUGUUGCACAUGAUAAAAUCUUGCCAUCUAUACUUAAACUGAAGAAUGGGAUUAAUCAUAAUGAUUUUAAUGCAAUUAUUUCCAAAUUGCUUCGUCAACAUAAUUUAGAAGAAAGUAUUUCUAUGACAAAUGGAACUGAUGUUAGAAUAGCCAAGACAUCGUAUAUUAGCAUUCUUAAAUAUGUUUUAUUUCAUCAGGAUGUUGAAUUUCAAGUGAGAACUCAAUUUAUCGAGCGAAUGGUCAAAGAAUUCAUGCAUUUAACAAAAGUUGAUGAUGCAUUGAGAGAUCUAGCUAAAACCAUGUUUCAGUACAUACUGAAUAAGAUUAAUAAUCGAUUAAGCAGAAAAUUUUACUCCAGUUUCGCUUAUAAAGGUUUAGUUGAUUUAGGGAGUGAAAAAGUAUUCGAUUUCAGAGAGUUAUUUUUCCCCCAAUCAAUUGAAGGCUUGAUUUUAAUUGAUGAUCAAAAUAGACUUGACUGUUUACGUAUUAUAGGAGAAAGAGCAGUGAAAGACCAAGAUUUUGAUAUGAUCAAAUGGACAAUGAAUGAAAUGAGAUUAACAGGAAUGAUCCUCAAGGAUAUCAUACCGAUAUUUCAAAAAUUUGAUCCAAAAUUUAUGGAAUCGGUCUUUAAAAAACAAGUAAUCCAAAACUUAUGA